AUGCAGCUUUGGGGGCGUCUCUCCAUCUUCGCGGCUUUGCUGCUCUCCGGGGCCACCGCGUUGAAUCUGGAAGGCUUCACGGGUCAUGAGCUGAGCCCAUACAUUGACACAGUGCUCCCGCCAGACCGAGUGGAGUCGUCGUCGCCGAUCAUCCAGGGAGCUUGCUAUUCGCCGUUCCACAACUCGGAGUACCCGCUGAAUGGAGGGAGCGCUGCGGGGCUGGACCCGGCCAUGGACACGGACUUCAGCAUCAUGAAGAACUACGUCUCGGUAGUACGCACCUACUACUCCAGCUUCUACGGCUACCCGGUCGCUCCUUACGCUGCGAAGUACGGCGUCUCGCUCUACCUGGGCGUGUUCAUGACGGACGAGAGCUGGUACGACGAUCAAGUGAACGCUGCGGUUGCUGCGGUCAAGAACUACCCGAACACCAUCAAAGCCAUCCUCGUGGGCAACGAGAACAUCUAUCCGGCUGGCCCGUACUCGCCUGCUGAGGUCCUGCGUCGCGUUAACGCCCUUCGUUCGCGGAUCUUGAGCGAGACUGGGCGUACGGUGAACAUCGGCACGGUACAGCGUCACAAUGAGUGGAUGGAUAGCAGCACUCGAUCCGCCAUGCUAGCGCUCGCCGACGGCUGCGAUAUCCUGGGCGUUAACAUUUACCCCUUCUUCGACGCCUCGUACACUGCAAGCAACCCGCUGGCCAUGCUCAACGGCGCCUGGAACAACAUGCUGACCGUUUAUCCAUCGGACAAGGUUCGCCUGACGGAGAUUGGGUUCCCGACUGCUGGUGCGCCGCCAUCCUUCGCACCGUACAACGUACCGAGCGUCGCCAACUCCAUCGCCUUUUACGAGGCUUUCCUGCAGUGGGCGCCUGACAGUGGCGGCCAGGAAGUCUUCUGGUUCAUGUUCUUUGACCGUCGACCUGAUGACAACACCAUGGGGAUUGAGCUCGAAAAAUACUUUGGCUGGUACACGUGGAACCGAGUGGCCAAGGCGUCGUCAGGCUACCCGAACUUGGUGACAGCGACUACAACCACUGCAACCUCAGCUCCAACUUCAGCACCAACGUCAGCACCAACGUCAGCACCAACUUCAGCCCCAACUUCGGCUCCAGCUACCGUAACCACCAGCGCCGGCACUUCGGCUCAGGUGUGCCGCGUCCACAAGGUCUACAAGAAAUAA